AUCCGAACCGAACCGAUCAGUUGUCGGUUAGCCGUUCAGUGCUUCGCAUGUCGAAUUUGUCGUAUUGUUGGUGGGGUUACGACACAGGAAACACCACGCGCUGCAUUCUUUAGCACCUCUCGGCGGCCCUCGAACGAUGAAGUACUGGCUGAAGAUCUCCCUGCUGCUGUGCACUUUCGGCUUCCUUCGUGAGCUACGGCCAUCGGAGCCGUAUGUGACGGAGUAUCUGGCCGGAGACUAUGGCAAUCUGACCACCGAGCAGGUGUACCAAAAUGUCUAUCCCUUUGGCACGUACUCGGUGCUGGCGCAGCUGGUGAUUGUGUUCCUCAUCACGGAUCUGGUGCGCUACAAGCCGGUGAUCGUGUUGUCCGCGGUGGCUGGCAUUGUGCUGUUUGCCAUGCAGAUAUGGUGCGACACCCUGGGCAUGCUGCAGGUUGCCCAGCUCUUUUAUGGCUUCUUCACGGCCGCUGAGGUGGCCUACUACACGUACAUCUAUGCCAAGGUGGACAAGGAGCGCUAUCAGAUCGUCACCGGACACACGCGUGCCGCUAUAUUAAGCGGAAAGUUUCUGGGCGGCCUGGUUGCCCAGGUGCUGGUCUCCACCGACACCAUGAACUAUGGGGAGCUGUACUACAUAUCGCUGACCACGCAGAUCAUAUCGUUAGGAGUGUCCCUGGUGCUGCCCAGCGUGCCACGCAGUCUGUACUUUUAUGCGACAGAUGCCAGUCCGAGUUCCAGUCCAACGCCUGCUGGUGAGGAGAUUGCGCCACAAUUUUCAAUGAAAAAUGCCACCCGCCUGCUGUGUUAUCAUUUGGUCUCCUCCUACUCGAAUCCCAUUGUCCUGCAGUGGAGUGUGUGGUGGUCCCUGGCCACCUGUGGUCAGAUUCAGGUGAUUUCGUAUAUUCAGUUCCUGUGGAAGGAGGUGGCGCCCCAGCAUCAGAGCAGCUACAAUGGCGGCGUGGAGGCAGUGGCCACUCUCCUGGGCGCCGUCGGGGCCAUUGCGGCCGGAAUGCUGAACUCGAAUAAGCGACGCAGCUGCUACAUGCUGUGCAACUCCAUUUGUGCUGCCGUUUUGGGCGCUCUUCUGCUUUAUGCCUCGCAGACCAAAGUCAUCUGGGUGGCCUACGUCAACUACGUGAUUUUCUGUGCCAUUUUCUUCUUCAUCAUCACCGUGGCGGGUGCCAUUGUGGCGGAGAAUCUGGUGGAGGACAGCUUUGGGCUCGUCUUUGGCAUCAACACGCUGGUGGGACUCUUGCUGCAGACCAUUCUCACCAUUGUCGUGGUGGAGCCGGGUACUGGCUUUGGCUUGGGUCUGCGGGAUCAGUAUCUAGUCAAUGGCGGCUACUUCGUCUGCUUGGGGGCCAUCUAUGGACUCGGCAUUAUCAUUGCCAAACUGUGCGCGAGGUCCAGCAAUUCAAAACAAGUGCAAAUUACCACGUAACGAGAAAUUUUACAUCCAUUUAGCUGAGUUUUGUAGGAAUUCGUUUAGCUCAGCCCCACCGAAUUUUUUUUUCGAGUGUUCAUCCGAAAUUGUAGUAAAAUGGGUCGAUCUA